UCAACAUUUGGCCGAGUAGGAUGUGAAUAUCGUUAAACUCAAAAAAAAAGUAAUUAAAAAACUCUUCAGCGAAAGUUAAAUUCAGCGCGUCCUUAACGGUAGAAACAGUAAUGGAGCAAUUAAAGUCGAAAUUGGCGGUGGUGACCGGCGCCAGUUCGGGCAUUGGCGCUGCUAUUGUGCGCGAUCUAAUUGCUGCCGGCUUAAUUGUUAUCGGUUUGGCGCGACGUUUCGAACGCGUCGAAGCGUUGCGCCACGAACUGCCCACCGCUGAACAGCGUGAACGCCUGCACGCUAUUAAAUGUAACAUUGCCGAUGCACAGGAUGUAGCAGAAACAUUUACGCGCAUCAUUCACGACCACGGACCAGUGCAUGUGUUGAUCAACAAUGCUGGUUGUUUGCGUACUGGACAAUUGGCCACCAUGGCUGCGGACGAAGUGCAGGAGGUGUUGCAAACGAAUGUUAUGGGCGUGGUCAAUUGCACCCGCCAUGUGUUUGCCGCUAUGCGGGCGCAUCACAUCGACGGUCACGUGAUACUGAUAAAUAGCAUUUGCGGACACAAGGUGCCUGUGAUACCGGGCCACAUGCCGACCUUGAACAUUUACCCGGCCACCAAGUUUGCACUCACUGCGAUUAACGAGAUUUAUCGGCAAGAGUUCAAAGAGUUGGGCACGCGCGUUAAGGUGACGAGCAUUAGUCCCGGUCUCGUGGAUACGGAACUUAUAUCAGAGCGGCAGAAAAAGAUUGUGGAUGGAAAAAUUCUACGUCCAGAAGAUGUUUCAGGCGCCGUUAUCUAUGUGCUCUCACAGCCGCCAAAUGUGCAAAUCUACGAGCUAAUAAUGAAACCGAUGGGAGAUAUGAUAUAAUAUGUACAUAUAUUUUUGCAGCUCUCUUCUGCAUGAAAAUUUAAUAAAAUGCUUUUACUAUUAUCAGA